AUGAAAGUACACCACACUCUGCUGGCAUCUUCCCGGGCACACAUAGAGUGUCCCUCCCAGCUGGCUUCAGGGCAGGCCAAGGCAGGCCCUACGAUCCACGGGGACAUGGAGAAGGAGAGUUCAGGGUACAAUGAGGCUCAGGAGAAGCUGGGCCUGUCCUUCUCCAUUGACGCUAUCCUGAGGAGGCCCUCAGAGAGAAGAAACACACCCAGACCACAAAGCAUAGGAGAAGAGGACUCCAGGCAGACAGCAACCCCAGGUUCAAAGCCAGAGAGGACCCCACAGGAUCAGUCCCAAGAAGAAAAAAAGAGCAAGCGGAGAGUUCGCACCACCUUCACGACGGAGCAGCUACAGGAACUGGAGAAGCUCUUCCACUUCACCCACUACCCAGACAUCCAUGUCCGGACCCAGCUGGCUUCCAGGAUCAACCUGCCUGAAGCUCGAGUACAGAUAUGGUUCCAGAAUCAGAGAGCCAAGCGGAGGAAGCAGGAAAAGAUUGGAAGCCUCAGUGCAUCGCAGCAGCCUGGUGAGGCCAGCUUGACCCUGCCCUCAAACAUGGACAUGGUUGGUCCUGUGCUGACACCUACUGCUCUGCCCUUGUUGGUGCCCCCCACGGGUUGCUACCCACACUCUCAGACUCAGCUCACUUCAGCCUGGUUCCCUGCCCAGAUCACCCUUGUCCCAUGGCACCCAUGGGAUCUGCAGCCCUUGCCUGGCUAUCCUACCCAACAGCCUUGUGUUCCUACCCUCAUCCUGCCCCCUCCAUACCCCAAGUGGGGCAGCAUCUGUGCCACUUCAACAUAG